AUGUUUUCUUUCGCUUCUGUUCUCGUUGGACUUGGAGCUGCCUUGCCAUUCGUGGCUGCUGGCAGCUCAAAUGUCAUCGAGCGAGAUGUUGUGGUCAUUGGCGGGGGUGCUUCGGGUGCCUACGCCGCCGUCCGCCUGCGCGAUGAUUUCGGCAAGAGCAUUGCACUGAUCGAGAAGCGAGAUAUUCUGGGUGGCAUGGUCAAUACCUAUACCGAUGAGAAGACUGACGCCAUAUAUGAUUACGGCGUGAACAGCUUCCUCAAUGUCAGCAACUCAAUGCAGUUUUUUUCCCGUUUCAACAUUUCGGUCACUACAAACUCAACUUCCUCCACCGCAACCACCGAGUACAUUGACUUCAACACUGGCAAACUGCUUAACUUCACUGCCCCUUCGCUUUUGAACCAGGUCGACGCCAUCGCCAAGUUCCUUGAAGUUAUCGACCCAUGGGAGUCAUUGCUGCGACCUGGCUACUGGAACUUCCCUGAGCCCAAGGAUAUUCCCGCAGACUUGCUGAUUCCCUUCGGCGAGUUCUUGACCAAGUACGACGCGGAGGAUGCCGCGCCCAUCAUUUACGCCUCAACCGGCCUGGGAUUGGGCAAUAUGAGUGAAGCGACCACCAUGUUCGCUCUUCAAGCCUUUGGUUGGGAAAUGGCCCGCGCCAUCCUCGGUGAAAUGGCUCUCUACAAACCUGUUACUGGCGGAAACCAAGCCCUCUACAACGCCAUCGAAAAGGACUUGGGCGACGACGUCUUGUACUCCAGCACUGUCGUUUCGAGCCGUCGCACUGACUCAGGUGUCCACUUGACCGUCCGCAACCACUUGACCGGUGAGCUCACCAACAUCGCCGCCCGUCGUCUGCUUGUCGCUAUCGAGCCCAGCGAGAGCAACAUGGAGCCCUUGGACCUUAGCCCGUCUGAAUGGAACACACUUUCCAAGUUCGACUUCUCCAACGAGUUCUGCGGACUAGUCGACAACGCCGUAUUCAACACAAGCCUCAUGUACUCCAACCUGCCCUCCAGUGCAGCCCCUGACAACGUCCUCGUGUUCCAGGACGUGCCUAUGGUCCAAAGCUUUGAGUACAGUGGUCUCGAUCACCUCUUCCGCGUCAUGAUUAUCGGCAACAAGACCACAACUACUGCCGAGGCCAAGGUCCUGGCCCAGGACAAUUUCAACCAACUGCUGGAGUCUGGACUUUUGCCUGGUUCUGAGCAAAGCCAAGAACUGAGCUGGGCAGCAUUCGCUGCUCAUGGUCCUAUGCACGCGCGUGUGUCAGUUGAAGAAAUCAAGAGUGGUUUCUAUCAGGAUUUGUACAAGUUGCAGGGUGCUCGUUCCACAUGGUGGACCGGUGGUGCUUUCUCCGUCAACUUCCAAACCAACCUUUGGGAGUUCGAUGAGGGUCUUAUCCCUAAAAUUCUGGAAGGAAUUUAG